GCGCUGCCGAGAUAGGCGCCGGGCGCAGCCAGCAGGCCGAUACCGGCUCCGGGCGGCCGCUAUCUCGCCGAGAGGUCAAGAAGGUGCCGGUGCGAUGGGGUCCACAGCAGGAGAGCCCCCGAAGCUGCUGCCCUUCGCCGCUCUGCGCAACACCACAUCAGUCAUCCAGUCGCCUAUUAGCUCUGCCGGGCGGGCCUCGUACCGACCGCCGGUACCGGUGCAGGUGGCCGGAUCGGCCGGCGUGGUGGCGCCCCUACAGGACACGUGGUCAGCCGUCUCCCUGGAGAGCACCUCCCUCGCCUUCUGUGGCAGCUUCCCGGAGAGCCGUGAGUGCGUCAACUGUGGCACGGCAAACACGCCUCUCUGGCGACGCGACCUCACCGGCCACUACCUCUGUAACGCCUGCUCACUCUUCUCAAAGUCGAACGGCUUCCACCGGCCGCCGCUGCGGCAGACGGUGCGCCGCCUGUCCAUCUCCCGACGCCAGGGUCAGGCGUGUCACAACUGCGGCACAAUGAACACCUCCCUCUGGCGCCGCGACGCCAACGGCAACACGGUCUGUAACGCCUGCGGUCUCUACAUCAAGCUGCACGGGCGCAACCGGCCGGCCAGCAUGCGCAAGGAUGAGAUCCAGCCGAGAAAGCGCAAGCCCAAGUCGGACUCGUCCGGCGGACGGCAGCGGCGGCGGCGCAACGGCAACGUGACUAGUGCCAGCCCGGACGCCGACUCGACCUGCACCGGCGUCAGCCCGGAUAUCGUGAACCGGGCGGUCAACAUGGUGGGCCUGACGCCGAGCCUGCUGGGCGGCGGCUCGGCGCAAUACGGCACGCUCGCCCAGUACGGCUAUCGCCCGGAGCGAAGCCCGCCGCCGUACCACAACCUGCAUCCCGUAUCGCCCCACUUGGUGCCGCCCCUGCCACCGCAGCAGUACAGCGUGGCCGUGACGUCAUCGUCGCCAUACCCGUCGACAUACCAGCCGCUGCCGCCGUACAGCAGCGUGAGUCGGUACCUGCAGCCGGACCGCGGCGCGCCGCCGGCCAGUGGCGCCGUCUGUCGGCCUGAUAGUCCCGCCACCUAUAUGGGCACGCCGAUCAGUCCGCUGCCGAGCAGCGCACUGCACACGGCCACGGCCGCGCUGGAUGCCCUCAACGACAUCCAGGAGAUGGUGGCCUGCGACCUGGGCCUCGGCGAGCGGGCACCGCUGACGGUUGGGCAGUGCGGCGGCGGCGAGCAGUACUACCAGUACUAGGCUCAUUGGGAAGAUGGCGCCGAGUCGGUCGCCGGUCGCCGCGUGAGGAUAGUUGAUACAAAUGAACGGACUCUCGACCGCCUGUGGGGACGAGGAGCUCUAGCAUGGCUGGUCGCGGCUGCAUGAGAAUAGACGCCCGGCCUGCUGUCUCUGUUGCGCCACGGGAGCUCGGGAACUGUGCUGAUGGCUGGCCUGGCUGACCAUCCUGGCCAGACCUGACCUGGCCUGGAGUGGCCCGGAGCCCGUGGAGACCCACGUCUACGUCUGGCCCACGUCCAGGGUUGAGGGGAGGGGCCUCAACGACCAGAGGACGCGACUCACCCUGAGGCUCUGCCAAAACUCUGCCACGCUUGUGAACUGUGCGUAUCGAGCUGCAUCCAAUCCAGCACUUCCGCCGCUAGUCGCAUGCCAGGGGAUAGCCGCCGCUGCCACGGGUGGCCGAGACUGUUCUAGUCAGACGACGCCAAGGGUCCGAUAUUUUCAGUGUUGCCAGCAUUCCCCAGAGCCUGUCCACGAUACUCGGGUGCCACCGGUGUCUUGUAUACUCUGCGCCGAGAGGGGCGCCAGGUAAACUCGACCCCGCCAUGGUAGAUCUUCGCAGAGAAGCAGACAUGUGGUGAAGCUCCGUACCAAAGAGGCAAAGAGACAGGGAGGAGAGAGAGUGCAGCGCGCCGAAAGACGGCACCAGCAAGCAAGCGCAUAGCGGACACGAUCAAGGAGAGUACUGUUGAUGCCAUCUUCCGGUGUUGAAGAUAGUGCCUGAAAAGUCGGUGCCUUGAUUUGUUGACCACGCGAAGCCAUGAAUCACAACCCUACAUUAAGCUUUUCAUCUGAUUGUCCGUGACGUCGCCGCUGUAUGAAUCGGUCAGUUGAUUCCAUUCUUUUAUGAAUUUCAUGUGGAAACGAUGUCUUGUUAAUGUUCUAGUAGUUAUCUGUUUAUCGCAUUACCAAUAGUAUGGAAACGCAAAACUUUGUUGACGAUGCGCUUAUGAGCAUGGCAGUCAUGCCUCUUGGUUUGCAUGCCAUUUCGGGUUGGUGCUUAUGUUUUGCGUGCACAUGUGAAUAGUCUUCUUGAUAUUCCAUCGUUCUUUACUGGCUGAAGAAUGCCGCUCAGAACUGCUCCAACUGGGUAUGUGCCACUACCGAUAUUCUCCGACAGAUAGCUCAUACGUCUACUUAUUUACAAAACGUGUUGCUCAUUAGUGAAUUGAGCUCGCUUUUUGUGCACUGUGUUCAUGUCACCAGUUGUCUUUUAGUACACCUACGCGUGCUGACUAGUUAAGUUUUUACCGUCUUGCUCCAGUGUGCCAGCGAACAGUAAUGUGUCAGCAGUAAUGCGUAUUGUUGUGGCACAAUAUGCCACACUGUAUUACAUGGCAUUGCGACUAGGACCCGCUUUAAGGGACAUAAAGGUGCACUGAGUGUUUGAAGAAUAUUGUAUGACGCUAGAUAUAAUGUUGGUCGCGCCUGCGCCUUUGAUUCCUUGCAUAAACAUACUGGUCACAUUGCUUCGUAAAACGUCCGAUUUUUCUCACUGGAGGUAUGAUGGAUAUGCAAUAAACGUCCAACGAAAGAAAUUGGCCUGAUCGUCAAAAU